UCAUCCAAUAGAAAGGCUUAUUGCUGCAGGUAAACGCACUCCUCAUCCUGAACGUAGGAUGUGACCGAUUAAAAUAGCCAACACUCGGUAACUGCCAGUGGUUAUGGAAAAAAGAAUAAAGAAAAAUGAUAAGGAUUGCAGCAUUAAAUGCAGCUUCUGUAACAGGAGAUGAAUUUGAAGAUUCUCUUAAGAGUUACAAGACUCAGACAAAAGAAGCACAGGAAGCAGAAGCAUUUGCUUUGUAUCACAAAGCCUUGGACCUGCAGAAACAUGAUAAGUUUGAGGACUCUGCAAAAGCCUACCAUCAGCUCCUUGAGACACCCUUGCUCAAGGAGGCCAUACCAUCCGAAGAAGAAGAAGAAAAAGCUGGACUAAAGCACCCAGGGCUGAUGCUGAAAUAUUCCACCUACAAAAACCUGGCUAGUCUCGCCGUUCAAAGGGAAGACUUGGAAAAAGCUAUGGAGUUUUACUUAGAGGCUGUCAUGCUUGAUUCCACUGAUGUGAACAUGUGGUAUAAGAUUGGUCAAGUGGCUGUUCGACUGUUACGAAUCCCUUUGGCUCGACAUGCCUUUGAAGAAGGACUGCGUUGUAACCCUGACCACUGGCCAUGUCUGGACAACCUCAUUACGGUCCUGUAUACCAUUAGUGAUUAUAGCUGCUGCUUGUAUUAUAUUUGUAAAGCACUUGAAAAAGACUGUUGUUAUACUAAAGGCCUAGUGUUAAAGGAGAAGAUAUUUGAAGAGCAACCCUGCCUCAGGAAGGAUUCUUUUCGUAUGUUUUUGAAAUGUGAUAUGUCAAUUCAUUCUGUGGAAGUAGAUGAAACUGAAGCUAAAGCAAUUGUUGUUGAGGCAUUGGAUUUAAGGAGAAGACGACAAGAAUUGAGUGUACAGGUGAAGCAGCCCGACCUUAAACUUGUUCAGCCUCUUCCAUACUUCACUUGGAAAUGCCUUGGAGAAAGUUUGCUGGCAAUGUAUAAAUACCAAACAAGCUGUGAUCCACCUCAACCAAGUCUUGGCAAGAGAAUUGAUCUUUCUGAAUAUCAGGAUCCAAGCCAUCUUUUGAACUCGCCAUUGUCCUUUUCUGCUGUCACUGUAAUCCAGACCACAACUUCUGACAGCAUUACUCCCCAGCCUACUACACCACAAGUUCCAGUAACUCAGCCUGCUAUACUGUGUCAGAUUGUGCAAAGUCAUCAUGUUGUUGAAGUAACCACAACCAUAGCUGAUUCUGCAGUUAAUGACAAGGCAAAGAAAGUCACAAAGCGUAAACGCACAAUUGAGGACAGCGGUGAAACUGCAAAAAGGCGUUCGGCCAGAGUCCGAAACACAAAGUGCAAAAAGGAGGAGAAGAUUGAUUUCCAGGAGCUGCUCGUCAAAUUUUUGCCAUCCAGACUGAAGAAGUUGGGCCCAGAGGAUGAUGAAGAGAGUUUAAGUAACUAUGAGGUCCAGUCUGAUUUACAACCAGAACACAAUCAACAUCUAGGUUCACACUCCAUGUCCUUUGACUCAACAACUUUCACUGAAUCUGAAAGGCAAGAUGUCCACAGUUUUUUGAUAAAUAAUAUGAAUAACGGUGGGAUACUUGAGCUGAUGAUGCGCUACCUGAAAGCAGUUGGCCAGAGGUUUCUGGUUGAGUGGCCUCCAGGUUUGGCUAUGGUUGUCUUGGAAAUUUACAACAACUGGAGGAAACACAACUGUGGACUUCCUAAUCCUCUGCUCCGUGAUUGUAGUGACCAGCAUAUUAAGGAAAUGAUGAUGAUGGGCCUUUCCUGCAUGGAGUUACAGUUGGAUCAGUGGUUAGUAACAAAGGUCAAUAGUAAUUCUGUUUCUCCACAGAAGGGACCUAUAACUUCUGCAGAAAACAAUGCAGAUUUUCCUGGACAAUACUUCUUAGGUGACCUAAUGCAGAUCAGCUUUGCUUCCUCCCAGAGAGAUCUCUUUAAAGAUGAGUGGGUCAAUUUUGUUGUCCGAGUCUACUGGCUCAAAGCUCGUUUCCUUGCAUUACAGGGGGACAUGGAGCAGGCUUUGGAAAGCUAUGAUAUUUGUACAAGUUUGCUGCAAGGUUCACCAUUGCUGCAAAAUGAAAACGAAGAGAAGUUAAAUGUUCUGCUUCCCAAUCUUCUUGUGGAUGGUACAGUCUCCAUAGAAGAGAUCAAUAAAAAGCUGAAAUCCCUUGAGCGUUGUCAGUCCCUCGAAGAAAUUCAAAGACUUUUUGAAUCUGGGGACUAUGAAUCAGUAGUUAGACUAUUAAAGCCAACACUCAGUAAUGGAGGGUCAGGUCGUGGCAAGCAACUGGAGUUUGUCACUUCUGCACCAGAGAGACCAACUCAGCUCUUACUUCUCCAGAGCUCACUGCUACAACUGAAGGACUUCAAACAAUGCCUGGAGUGUUCGGAGAUAUCACUGAAUGAAGCAAUACAGCAAAUGAAUAAUGCUGCCACUUCCUCAACUAAAGAGGAAUACAUAACAACGGUAAUGCAGCUGCUGGAUGGAAUUGACCUGUGCUUUUCUGAAGAUAGUAAUGUAUUGAAGAAUGCCUCGCGCUCCAUCUGCUUAGUACGAUUGACCAACAAUCUUAUACAGCUGAUAGACUGCAGCAUGGCCAUCCCAGAUGAGGCGAAAGAUCCAUGUAUGUCAUCAGUGCUUCCCUGGAUCAUUUUGUAUCGUAUUAUCAAACAUGAGGAGGAAGACUUCAACUCUCUCCGGGAGCAGCACUUGCACGAGCAAGAUGAUUCUGAUACUCCAAUGUUGCCUUCAUCCUUAAUGCUACUCAACACUGCCCAUGAGUAUCUUGGGAGGAGAUCCUGGUGCUGCAACUCCGAUGGAGCACUCCUCAAGUUUUAUGUGCGUGUACUUCAGAAGGAACUUGCAGCUUCAACAUCUGAAGAGGCCCAUCCAUAUAAAGAGGAGCUAGAAACUGCACUAGAGCAGUGCUUUUACUGUCUAUAUUCCUACCCCAGUAAGAAGAGUAAGGCUCGAUACCUAGAGGAACAUUCUGCCCAGCAGGUUGAGCUGGCUUGGAGUGAUGCACUUUUCAUGUUUGAUUAUUUCAAACCGAAGACUCUACCCGAGUUUGAUAGCUAUAAGACAAGCACGGUUUCUGCUGAUUUGGCUAAUCUUCUAAAGAAAAUAUCCAGUAUUGUUCCUCGUAGUGACAAGCCAUCACUAACCAUUGAAGAAGUUUCUGCCUACAUUGAAGGGACAUCAGAUAAGAUUCCAUGUGUUCCUGACGGAGCAGGCCCAGUACCACCACUGGUAAACGAGUUGUAUUACCUUUUGGCAGAUUAUCAUUUCAAAAAUAAGGAGCAGUCCAAAGCAAUAAAAUUCUACAUGCAUGACAUCUGUGUGAGUCCAGACAGGUUUGAUUCUUGGGCUGGUAUGGCCCUUGCAAGAGCCAGCCGCAUUCAAGACAAGUUGAACUCAAAUGAGCUGAAGAGUGAUGGACCCAUUUGGAAGCAGUCGUUGGGAGUCCUAAACUGUUUCAAACGUGCACUGGAGAUAGAUAAUUCCAAUUUAUCUCUUUGGAUAGAGUAUGGAACUAUGUCAUAUACAUUACAUUCUUUUGCUUCUAGACAGCUCAAACACAGUAAGACCGAACUUCCGUUGGAGGCAGUUAAACAGAUGGAGAGGCGUAAUAGUAUGCUGGAGACUGCAUCAGAGUGCUUCAAUGCAGCAUCACGAUGUGAAGGUGAUGGGGAUGAAGAAGAGUGGCUCAUUCAUUACAUGUUGGGCAAGAUAGCAGAGAAGCGUAAACAAUCACCCAGACAAUAUCUCCAACUAUAUAAACAGGCUGCUCACCACCUUCAUGAAGAGGCUGCCCGAUACCCACGGAAGAUUCAUUACCACAAUCCACCUGAGCUGGCCAUGGAAGCUCUUGAGUUACAUUUUAGGUUAAGUGCCUCUAUUUUGAAGCUGCUGGAGAACGGACAGGCGGAGCAGGAGUUGGACCAUGAAAUGUUGUUCAGUAUUCUGAAGGAUGCUGCUGAAGGACCUUUUGCUCGAGGGGAAGAGAAAAACACCCCAAAAGCAAGUGAAAAACCUGGGGUGAAUCGCAAGAGGUCUGUUAGCACCACACGCAAUCAGUGUAGAAAGGUGUUUGAAGGACCCUGGGAAAAGCCUUUGUCAGGGAAUGAUGAUGACUCUCAUUCGUCGACAGGAACGCCACUAGGUCCAGGGACAUCCCUGCCAUCCACUGGUCCAGGUCUGACUUCCCCACCUUACACAGCCACUCCAGUUGACCACGAUUACGUGAAACGUAAAACCCUACGUCGUCAGCAGCAGCAGCAGGAGCAGGCCGUGGCUGAUGAGAGGAGCCAGGACAGCAUGGCUGUAAUGCUCUCCGACUCAAACUCCACACAGGACCUCUUCACUGACCCCACUAGUUCCCAGGACAGCAAUCACAAGAAGCAUUCUGUGAAGGAUAGUAUGUCGUCUUCUGAGAAUGUCACUUCAGCUAAGGACAGCCAAGAAAGAGCAGGAAGAGUUGAGGGAAAAAGUGAGUGCACAACAAUGAUUGCUCUUACGCCAUUGCAAGCUGAUAUUUUGGAAGUUUUGGAUGCAAUGUCUCUUAGUUUAGUGGAAGUAACAGAUCAUAAGGUUUCCACUGAUCCUCCACCACCUGCUAUGCCUGUGACUCCAACAAAGCUAUCAGCUGUGAACCCCACAACUCCAAGCAGUGAAGUCAGAAAGAAGUUGGAUUUGACUGAUGAUAGCUGUGAUGUACCCCAGUGUCUACCAAUUGAUAGGGCAGAGCAGAAGCAGGUUCUGACUGGCAUGUGUAUUCAUGCACUCUCCCUUUGCCUCAGCCGCUUCCCACAGCACUACAAGAGCCUCUAUCGACUAGCUUACCUUUAUACAAAAAGUAAAACACAUAAGAACCUUCAUUGGGCCCGAGACGUGUUGCUAGGAAGCAGUGUCCCAUGGCAACAACUGAAGCACAUGCCUGCACAAGGACUUUUCUGUGAAAGAAAUAAGACUAAUUUGUUCAAUGGAAUCUGGCGUAUUCCAGUAGAUGAAAUUGACCGUCCAGGAAGCUUUGCAUCGCAUAUGAAUCGCUCCAUUGUUCUCUUACUGGAGGUUUUGUCUCAGCUAAAGGACCAUAACACUCUUCUCAAAGUGUCUUGCUUGCUUCAGAGGACUCCAGACCAAGGAAAAAAAUAUUUGCGUGAUGUGGAUCGCCAGGUUCUUGCUAAGCAAGCUUAUUUCUUCACUGUGAAAGUCCUGCAUGACUCCCUGAACAAAUUAACUGGGGUGUCUGAUCAGCCAGCUUCCCAAGACUUCCGGUCAUUGAUGGGCGAGAUGACCACAGACGUUACCAAUAAACCUAAUGCGGAGGACAGUCAGCGGGUACUACCUAAAAAGUCAGCAUUAUCUGAUGGGGCUGCUCCACAAGGCUCAGAAAAUGGUCCUAAAAAUGUAUCUAGCUGUCAUUUGUCACAAGCCAUGGAUACUGUUGAACAACAAGGAGAAAGACGUGCAAGAGAAGAGAGCACUCGACCAGGUUCAGUAGAACCUAUGGACUUGGGUGGCAACCUUUGGGUGGAGUCAAGCAGAACAGAUGCUGUUUGCAAACCUUUGGAACUGGAUUUUAACAAAGAGUCCCUUGGCACGGAAAAGGCCAUAGACAACAGCAAAGCACCAGAGCUAUCACUAGAAGAUUUGAGUAUUAGUUCCAAACAGCAGCAAGCAACCACCACAAUGGGGCAGGCAUCACUACCCAGCAGUGGGACAGAAUUGGGCAGUAUAAGGAAGCCCUGUCGCAAGAGGAAGUUACUGGAGGACACUGAAUCUGGUAAAACUCUGCUUCUGGAUGCAUACAGAGUGUGGCAACAAGGACAGAAAUUCAUGACAUAUGACCUGGGAGAGAUCGAAGAAAUCAUGUCGGAGACAUACAUGCUCAUUAAACAGGUGGAUGAAGGCACAGCUUUGGAGCAGGCUGUGAAGUUCUGUCAGAUACAACUGGCCACCUCAACACAAAAACAGUCAACCACAGACACUCCCACAACUCCGAAAAGCACAAAGGACCAUAAGGAUGCUUUUUUUCCAGUGACUCCAAGUGCAGUCACCUCCAGCUCCAUGCAGCCCACUGCCGGGACGGCAGAUCAAGCUCCUUCAGAGAUCGUGCCAAAGCCCACUGGAGAUUUACAAGUGAAGCAGCUGAAACAGCCGCAGGCUUCUUCCUGUUCAUCAGUUCCAAGUGGACAAGUGGAGCUCCGAGGCAUGGCUCACAUCGGGGGUGCUCAGAUAGACUCUGCAUCUCCCAUUACAUAUAUCACACAAAAAGAUGGAGGACGCGAGGGGCCAGGAUAUCGCCCACAGGAAUCGCACUUCUGCCACCAGAUGAGCAGGACAUCGAUGAGCACAGGGCAAGAUCUUUUGAACUGGCAGCUGGAUAACACAUUUAGCCAACCAGAAGAUCCCAGUAAUCCUCCACACACAUCUAAUCAGGCAUCCAGCUUAUUAUCCUCAGAACAACUCUCUCCUGGAAGCCAGCAUGCAUGUCAACAAGACAACAGCCGCAUAAGGUCUCGCAUCCCACCUAACAUGCCAAAGCUCUUGAUUCCUUCAUCCGUAACCAAAUUUCCACCAGAAAUAACAGUGACACCUCCCACCCCAACUCUGCUAUCCCCAAAAGGCAGCAUCUCUGAGGAGACCAAACAAAGACUAAAGAGUGCUAUCCUGUCUGCUCAGUCAGCAGCCAACGUGAAGAAGGAGACACUACACCAACCAGCUCUCGAGGUGCAGGAGACCUCCAGCCAGGAGUCCUCACUGGAGAGUGACACCGACGAAGAGGACGACUACAUGGAUAUCUGAAGGCCAAACAGCCAUUUCUAAGUGGACUUUUUAAAGUGCUCGCCCUGGUUUUUAUUAGUGCAGUAAAACGUAUUUGGGCUUGGUUACCGGAUGAAGUCUAAGAAGGGGGCUUACUAAGCCAGCAGCAAAUGUUUAAUAUGCAUGCACCUCUUAAAGCACCUAGUCGAAGACUGAUUUAACUUCUCAGAAGAUGAAUCAUUUCUGUAUUUAUAUUAACAUAAACAUGUCAAAGUAAUUGUUGUAAAUUUUGCUGUCCUCUUACUUUUUGCCUUCAAAUCAUUGGAAUUGCGUUCCACUCCAGGUUGCCGUUUCCCCAGAAAUAAACUUUCUGUGGAAUUUGUAAAUGGUGGGCACUAAAGUGAAAUUUUAAAUUUGAAGGCUACUGCCUAAACUCUGAAAAGACCAAGUGUGAGGAAUGCCAAGUGCCUUUUAUUAGAUGGCUACGAUUCUACCAGAAAACAUUUUCAAAUUGUGCUCAGUUUCCUUACAGAGAUAAAAAGAUUUGCCAAAGUGUUCAGUGAAAAUGGAAAUUUUGCCUGCAGUUCAUGUGAACAGAAUAAUCAAGUAAUGCAGUUUAAUACAAGUGCAUGUCUGGUGAACUAUAAAGUUUACAUCAUUUUUGCUUAUCACAGUGUUAAUAUUUCUAUAUUUAUAAGAAUGUCUAAUUUGUAUAGGAAUAUCUUAAAUAUUUCUACCCCAAACAAUUUCUACACUGUAAGCCAAAUUUGAAAGCAUUUUUUGUGUAGUGAAUUAGAGUAGAACAACUAUAGCAGUACAACUGUGCAUUGUACUGACCUCUCCUCUGCACUGUUAGGCCUGCAACUGCAGAUGUUGAGGCUUCCUAGAAUAGAAAUAGUAUUGUAAAUUCUAACUCCUCUUUAGGUACCAAAUAUGUUAUAAUGCAAGAUAUCUAAAUAUAUUGUUUCACUAAGGUAAUGAAUUCAUAAAAGAUAUGACAAAGCAAUGUUUUGUACAGCAGGUUUUCUACAUAAAGAUAUCAUGUUUUUGCAGUAUUUUAUGAACGAUACUGAAAAUAUAUGCUUUUUUUUCUCCCCCUAGUGUUGUAAAUAAUGAGCACAACUUGUAAUAUGUCUUGUUUAAAUUACCUGAAUGUUUGUAUUUUUUGUGUUUUUGGAAAAAAAUAUAUAUACAAGUA